GGUUCUGUUGUUUACUUUCUUUUUGCUCUUCAACAAUGUCUAAGGUGAAUCCUCUGAGAGAGUUUAUCGGUCAGCGACUAACAGCAGCUGCUGUAGAAAUAUUCUCAGUGUUUGAAAAGACCAUCUUGGAGUAUGAAGAAGAGCUGGACCGUCAGCGCAGACUGUUGGAGCUCGCCUGGAAACCUGAGAUCAGAAUACACAGAGUCGACCCCCCACAAGAAAAUGUUUGUAAGGUGGAAGAGGACGAGGUUUUCAGUGACCAGCACCUCGAUAACCUGGAGAGGAGCUGCCCGGACCAGGAGGAACCAGGGCGUUUACAGACUACAGAACUGGAGGAAGACUCCAGCAGUCAGGAGAUUAAGCACGAGGACGUAGAGGUGGAGGUCUCAUUGGUCAAUCUCGCUGAUGUGAAAGUUGAAAAUGGUGAACCAGGACCAAACCGUGGCCAGCUGCUGUUGCACACUUCUCCUGAAGCUCAAAACAAAGAUGAGGAAGGGACUGAAAGUUUACGCUCAGACUCCAGUAAAACUGCAGAUCUGGAGCCAAUGAGACGACACGGUGACCACGAAGAUGCUGCUGUCCCGUCAGACAGCAACUGUAAAUCAAAGCUGACCAGGACCCACACGGGGAUGAAGGCGUUUUCUUCAAACACUUGCAAGAAAGAGUUCAGUAAAGGUAGUAUUUUAAUGGAUCACAUGAAGAUCCACCCUGGCGAAAGGCCGUACCUGUGCAACACCUUCGGCAACGCAUUUACUCAUUCAUCACAUCUUAAAAGCCACAUAACCACGCACAUGAGCGAGAAGCCCUUCAUCUGCAAAACAUGUGGAAAGAGUUACAAGCAACGUUGCCACCUGGUGGUUCACUCGAGGAUCCACACCGGCGAAAGGCCGUACCUGUGCAACUUCUGCAGCAAAACCUUUACUGAAUCAUCACUUCUUAAACGCCACAUAACCAUGCACACGGGCGAGAAGCCUUACAUCUGCAAAACAUGUGGAAAAAAUUACAGGCUACGUUCCACCCUGGUGGUUCACUUGAGGACCCACACUGGCGAAAGGCCGUACCUGUGCAACACCUGCGGAAAAACCUUUACUGAGUCAUCAGCUCUUAAACGGCACAUAACCACGCACACGGGCGAGAAGCGGUAUUUGUCCAAGACGUGCAACAAAGGUUUUAGCCGCGGAAUUGAUUUCCUGAGUCACAUGAAAAAUCACCCUGAGGAGAAGUCUGGUGACUCGUGACAAAUGAAGCUCAUGUUGUUAUCCCCCGGGGGCAGCUGUCCACUCCUCUCUGACCCACAGAAGAAGAGACGAAGAAGUCCAACCACCACCUGCUGUGGCUGGUGAGCCUAAUCCCCUCCCCACAAGGGUUGCAGGUUCAACCCGGAUUUAUGCUUCUCCGUCAACUUGACGCAGAGGGAACGAUGUGGUUGUGUACUGUACUUUUUUUUAAAGUUCUGCUUUGAAUUUGUUUGAAUCCCUGUUCCUUCUUAAAAUCGUAUUAUUUGUUGCUGUUGGUAACUUGCCGUCUCCACGGUGCAAAUAAAUAGCUGUUAGUAUGUGCUGAAGUUUCUUUAAACGUGACAGUUUAUUUCGUUCAUCUACAAGCCUCUCACACGUUUUUCCCAUCUGUUUCUUCUUCACUCACAUUCUCUUUGUAAAGUUAAUCUGCAGCUCCAUGUUGUUAAACUCUCUCCAUCUUUUCCGUUCUGAGGUUAGUCCAAGUUUGAUAUAUUUACAACGUUCCUCUGAAAAACAUGAAGAAACUUCAGAGAAAUGAGGACAAAAGAAGAAACGCAACCAUCAACACGUUGGAAAAAGAACAGCCAACCAUCUGUCACCAUUUUAUAAACUUUAAUGUCUGCAGCAUUAAACAAAAAACCUUGAAGAUUUCAGAAGUCAGUGCAGUCAGAUACGGUUUGCUUUUAUUUCCCCUUUAAAAGGUUUUUAUUGAUUUAGAAAACAAGAACAUUUGGUUUGCAAAUUAAUGAGGAAAUGAGUGUGAUGUGGGAUACACAUCACGAUACUUGAGUCACGAUACAAUACGAUAUUGCGGUAUCCAAAUUUUGCGGUAUAUUGUGAUGUUACAAAUAGUUCGCUGAAAACUGUAAAAGGCUUUAUGCAUUUUAAAAUCUGAGCUGCACAUACGUCAGAUUAUCGUGAUGAUUCAUGGGACAAACUAAGUCAAAACAAUGCAAUUCAAGUGAUCCAUGCUGUGUUAUUGUAACUAUAUAAGCUAAAGUUGUAAAUAUGUUGUAACAUAUUUAUGUACGUUUUUCAUAUUAUUUACAUAAUAUGAAAUUAACAAUAUUGUUUAAUCACAUGUAUAAAAUCAAGUUAUCUAAAUUUACAACUCUUCUGACACAUGAUUUAUUAUAAAGCUGAUGUUGAGAUCCGUCUUGAAGCAGCAGAUCUGCCGGUUCGAGAGCAGGAAGAAGAGGGAGGUUCAUCGGGAUCAGAUUCCAGGGAGAGGACAGGCUUUGGAUUGAACCCUUUUAUAGAAGUAAAUGUCUUUUUACCUCAACUCAUAUUUAGUCAGAAAUAAUCAUGAAAAAUUUAAUUAAGUUUUCAUUUUAGAUGGAUGAAUUAUUUUAUUGUUUAUAAUUCUGGAAUAUUACACUCUCCAUAUGUAGAAUGAGCAGCAGUGCCCCCUGGUGGUGAGUUAUAAAAGCUCAACAUAAACCCAAGAGUGAACUAUCUAUCGUAAUAAUAAUAAAAAUCAAGAAUCAAUCUGUAUUGUCACAUCAUAUGGGUAAAAAUUUUGGUUGUGCAGGCUCAUCAUUGCAGUUAAAAAAGAAAAAGUGCAUGAAUAAUCUAGAUCAGGGGUAUUCAACUAGAUUAGGCAGGGGGCCACAACUGCAAAAAGACUGCAU